AUGUCGGUCUGCUACCGUCCCCCAGGGAACGAGACACUGCUGAGCUGGAAGACUUCGCGGGCCACAGGCACGGCCUUCCUGCUGCUGGCGGCGCUGCUGGGGCUGCCCGGCAACGGCUUCGUGGUGUGGAGCUUGGCGGGCUGGCGGCCUGCACGGGGGCGACCGCUGGCGGCCACGCUUGUGCUGCACUUGGCGCUGGCCGACGGUGCGGUGCUGCUGCUCACGCCGCUUUUUGUGGCCUUCCUGACCGGGCAGGCCUGGCCGCUGGGCCAGGCGGGCUGCAAGGCGGUGUACUACGUGUGCGCGCUCAGCAUGUACGCCAGCGUGCUGCUCACCGGCCUGCUCAGCCUGCAGCGCUGCCUCGCGGUCACCCGCCCCUUCCUGGCGCCCCGGCUGCGCAGCCCGGCCCUGGCCCGCCGCCUGCUGCUGGCCGUCUGGCUGGCCGCCCUGUUGCUUGCCGUCCCGGCUGCAGUCUACCGCCACCUGUGGAGGGACCGCGUAUGCCAGCUGUGCCACCCGUCGCCGGCCCAUGCCGCCGCCCACCUGAGCCUGGAGACUCUGACCGCCUUCGUGCUUCCUUUCGGGCUGAUGCUCGGCUGCUACAGCGUGACGCUGGCACGGCUGCGGGGCGCCCGCUGGGGCUCCGGGCGGCACGGGGCGCGGGUGGGCCGGCUGGUGAGCGCCAUCGUGCUUGCCUUCGGCUUGCUCUGGGCCCCCUACCACGCGGUCAACCUUCUGCAGGCGGUCGCCGCGCUGGCUCCACCGGAAGGGGCCUUGGCGAAGCUGGGCGGGGCCGGCCAGGCGGCACGAGCCGGAACUACGGCCUUGGCCUUCUUCAGUUCUAGCGUCAACCCGGUGCUCUACGUCUUCACCGCUGGAGAUCUGUUGCCCCGGGCAGGUCCCCGUUUCCUCACGCGGCUCUUCGAAGGCUCUGGGGAGGCCCGAGGGGGCGGCCGCUCUAGGGAGGGGACCAUGGAGCUCCGAACUACCCCUCAGCUGAAAGUGGUGGGGCAGGGCCGCGGCAAUGGAGACCCGGGGGGUGGGAUGGAGAAGAACGGUCCGGAAUGGGACCUUUGACACCAAACCCUACAACCUGCUGCCCUUCCCUGUCCCCUUCCACCCCUCACCCACCCUCCGGAGGUCAGUGUUCUGGAACAUUUGGGGACCCUUCUUUGACUAGAGUUUGGAUCUGGCUGGGUAGGAUUACUCUACACUUGGGGCAGGCCCAGGCUCCUCCAAACAGGGAUUAUGAGGGUGGUGAUGGUCCCUGUUAAGGACUAUUGCGUGCUUGCAGGUUGGCAUGUACCCAUGUGCCAGCAUUGCUUACUUGUUGCCAAUAGCUGUUAUUGUGAAAUACACUGGGAAGCCAUUAGAUGAU